AUGGAGCUGUUAUCCGCGAGUAACCUACAAAAACUCAGUGAUGCAGAGUUAUCUGAAGUCUUGAACAAGCGCCGCCAAUCGGGCGGCCGUGAUACUUGCAUUGAAAUAGAUGGCCUGGACGAUCUACCACCUGAACAACUCGAGCAUCUCCGGGAGCGAUUGAAUAAAGCCUUUCAAAGACCCAAUCCGCCUCUCGAUAUUGCGUACCUCAAUGCACGCCUCCGCGAAGCCCUCGACGACCGCAACGCCCUCGACGACCGCAAUGCCCCCGACGACCGCAACGCCCCCGACGACCGCAAUGUCCUCUCACCCUCUGGCCAUCUGUUAGACGGCGACAGACCUGACAGCUACACGACCACCGUGAUGCCCUCCAGGGAUGAAUUCGUGGAUCACGAGACCGAGGCCUAUAACAACCUUGUCAAAGAUGGGGGCCGACCGCUGUACCCAAUCACCUCUGUUGAACAAGUACUACAGAACCCCGACGACUAUGUCGAUAUGCUUCGACCCUUUUGGGACUAUCCUUCCAAUAUAUACUUCCACAGCCAAAUAUAUCAGAAACAAUGGCACCGAUGGGAACAUUUUCGCGAAUGGCAGCGUGAUAACAGAAAGCUCAAAGGUCCCAACGAUGAUUUUGAACAAUACAGAGAGAAGAUGAGAGCGGAAUCGGCAUAUGAAGCGGCCAUGAUCGAUUCCGAUCCAGACUACCUUACUUCCGUGUGGCGGUCGCUCCAAAAAGAGCGUACGUGGCAGCGCCAAUGGUGUCGAGAGCGCGGUUGCAAAACUUUGGAAGAGUAUGAAGCCGCGGCGAAGAAACGAUUGGAACGCCACGGUUUCGAUCAGCCAUUCAAGUUGUCCAAGUACCCUGCCCGCCAAAGCGCGUUAACAACGUGGAUUGAGUAUUUGUGCUUUGAGUGCUGGUGGCAGGACGCGUACGCAGAGUGGACUCAAAGGCGGGCGACCGAGCACGAGGCGGCGUGGUGCAAGUUGCGCGACGCCGGGGUAUUGGAGCCCGACGAAAACGCAGACGUCAUCCAGACCUGGGACGCCGCCGUGCGUCACGACAAAGAGUUGAUGGAUGCGCAGGCCGCUCUGGUGGCUGCAAACACCGAGGUGGAAACGAUUUUCAAGUCGGGUUCAGACGCAAACGGCCAACGUGCAGCGGGACGAGCCCACAGUCAGCUUGAGACGGCUGCUCUGCGACGACGCGAUGCUGUGAAAACGAGAUGCGACUUUGUCACGCACCGCAUUACUCUGAUUAAGGCGUUCCUCGGGGCUUUGGACGUCCACAAGCAGACCAAACGCAAGAAGGAAGGUCAGUAUUUCCUGUUGGAGUGGGUCAAGGAGCAAGUGCCUCAUGUUAAGGCUGAGGGCCAAGGCCGGAAGCGGAAACGACUUGUCGCGGAGGACGCAUCGCCAGCAGACCGGGCGGCGAAGCGCGGAGGGGCCGCUUCCUACGCAGUCUUGCGGCGGAGUGCGAGAGCCGAGGCGCUGCAGAGUGCGAGGAUCGAGGCGCAGAAAAUUGCCGAAGCUGCUGCGCGUACCGAAGCUCGCAAGGCUCAGACACAGGCUCGCAAGGCUCAACUCCAAAAGAAUCAAAUCCAAAAGACUCAAACCCAGGCUCGGAAAACCCAGAUCCUUGCUCGCAAAACCCAGACGCAUAAGACCCAGACGCAGGCUCGCAAGACUCGAGCACCAGCUCCUAAAGCCCUGGCUCCCAAAACUCAAACCAAAAAUGCUCAAACACGGACGGCAGCUCGCAAAACCCCAGCUCCCAAGACUCAGACCCAGGCUCCCAAAACUCAAACCAAUAGUCGCAAGCACCGCCCCGGGUAA